AUGCCGUCAUGGUUAUCCAACAACUCCAAUGGUACCCCGAACACCAGAGAUGCUCCCUUCUCCGUGUUCCGUGACGCACCAGCGCUCCGCCAAUACAGAAAGCAACUCCUUCUUUCGAAUAGAACCGUUGGUUUGGUUCCUACUAUGGGUGCCUUGCAUGAUGGCCAUCUAUCUCUAAUCCGCCAAGCAGCCGGUGAAAAUACGGACGUGUUCGUUAGUAUUUUCGUUAAUCCGACCCAAUUCGGGGUGAAUGAGGACCUGGACAAAUACCCAAGGACUUGGGAGGCAGACCUUCAGAAAUUAGAAGAGCUAGACAACGAGCUGGCUCGCGCGGCUUCCCAGGCUGGGGGAAUCACAGAGGCCGGUUCAUCCCCAGGCCGUAUCUCUGCAAUUUUUGCCCCAACGAACAAAGUCAUGUAUCCGACGCUUCCGCCCACCUCUGAACUGGAUGGAUAUGGUUCGUUCGUUACCAUCACCCCUCUAGCAAAUCUUCUAGAAGGGGCUUCCCGCCCGGUCUUUUUUCGCGGAGUGGCCACUGUCUGCAUGAAGCUGUUCAACAUCGUGACGCCCGAUCGAGUCUACUUUGGCCAAAAGGAUGUGCAACAGACGGUUGUGAUCAAGCGGAUGGUGAAAGAUCUGCACGUUGGGACUGAUGUGAGGUUAGGGCCUACGAUACGGGAGGAGAGCGGUUUGGCAAUGAGCUCACGAAAUGUUAAUCUGGGCACUAGACGACGCAGGGUUGGACUUGUCCUGUAUAAAGCGCUCAAGGAAGCGGAGAAGGCAUAUUUGUCGGGCAAGAGGGGACGGAAAGAGAUUUUAGGACCCGCAAAUCAACUGAUAGCGUCCAUUGCUCGCGAACAGGAAGCCCUACCACCUUCUGAGCGUGCAAGAUUCGAACUCGAUUAUAUUUCGCUCUCGGAUGUGGAUUCACUUGAAGAAUUGGAGACAGUUGAUGAGUCGAAAGGCGCCGUCUUGAGCGGUGCUGUGAAGAUGCUCCCGAUAGAGAGCCCCCAACCUGGCGAAGAUUGUGGAAAGACUGGUGGUGAUAUCCCGGUGAGGUUAAUUGAUAAUAUCAUCAUUUAA